AGCGAGGGUUUUCGGGGUAAUCGCCGUGCAUCCUUCCCAUGCUUCGUGACAACGGCGGUACCCCAAAACAAAGGGGCCAGUCUUCGUCGUGCCGGGAUAUCCCGGUCCGGAUGCCACGAAAAUUUAGGGAAGCCUUUUUCUUAAAAGACUUUCUGCGACCGGUGAUAAAGAGGACGUCUUUAGGGCUUAAAGGAACACCUUUCUGUUUCAUAUUGAGUCCUUAGAGAUGCGGCCCACUUGGUGUCGGAUCAGCUCGACAGGUCACUCAAUAGUCUUUCGCGGAGUAUCCCCUGUUUUAGUGAACCCUGGGAGUUGUCGGCGGCGCGACGAUCUUUAUUCCAAAGGUUUACCGAGGUGAAGCUUUUGACAAGUAUUCUUUUAUUUAUUUGUAGGUUUCUCUACUUCUGGCUCUUCCGAGGGCCUUUGUUUGAGGUGAGGUUCUAUAGUUUGAUGGUUACUUAUGUUCUCCUCUACCCUUCCCCGGUAGCUAGGAAAGAUUUCUAAAUAUAUUUCCUUCAUUCCGUUCAGGGGCACUCUAAAGGCUUUGCAACCUUCAGAGCUGGUUGACAGCCGUCUAGUCAGUCCCUCUCGCUCUUUGAUAGACAUCUUUCGGUUCUCGGUUUCAUCCGACGAACAACUUUAGGUCUUUAUUUGGUGUCCUAUCCUUCCUUGCGAAUUCCCGAUUUCUGAAGGAGUAGCUGCCUGUGUCUCUGGCUCUGGGAGAACUUUACCUAUAGCUAACCUAGAGAGCUUUACUUUAAGAUAGCUCGGGCAGACACUCUUCUUCGAAAAGAGGAGUUGCUUGCCUUACCACACCAAUCACCUUAGCACGGGAAGUUCUAGCAAUGGGCAGCUAGGCAAAGGAAUAUUAUAUAGCAAUUUCAUAUUCAUUUGAUAAAAGAUUGUGGAUCUGUUCUUAGUGAAGACAACCGGAUUGGGACGAUCAGGUCGGUUGAGGGCAGCAACACACCAAUAGGUGGAUUGCCAUUCUUAUACUGUUUGGGUAAAGGGCAGGAGCGCUCUUUCCCUCUCACCAGUACUUACUAUAAGGGUGGGGCAACCGGUUAAAACCAAAUAUCCAACAAUCGCUUUCCUUAAUGGCUACCCGCUUUCAAGUGAACUGAACUCUUGGACUGGUUGAAAGGGAAAUGGGAAACUGUAUAAGGUAUUUUUCACUCAUUUACGGGAUCAGUGUCAAAGGAAAGGAUUGUUGCACUCUCUUGCUUGAAUGUAUUGACAUUUAUGUAUGCUUGUUCAUUCAGGAUUCUUCUAUCUAUAUUUAGAACUAAACUGGAUCAACUACUACGGCUUUUAGCCUUUGGAACCUGUGGAACCCUAAAGUCACUUGCCCGUUCAAACUCUUCUGUCCAUCCCAUCUAAAACCCUUGAAUCAGUGAAUCCGGGGACAUAGACCUAGCCCAUGCUUUAUUUAAACAGCUAAGAUAAGGUCUAAGACCGUCUCUUAUUUUCCACAUCCUCAUUCCUCCUUCUUUCUGGAUACUUAAGCUUCUAAUGCUACGGAACUAGCUUUCCCAAUCAAUCAAUUUAAAUUAAUGUGUAGGAACCUGCCCUCAUCGAACUGAAUGUCUACCCUUCCCGCAUUUGAAGACAGACUAAUGUUUAAGACCUCCUGCUUUCAUGGAGAUCCUUUUUUCUCUGACCGUCGGAGAUUACCCAUAUAUGGAUGAAUAACCAUGAAGUUCAACAAUCUUUUGAGGUAGGGGAGUUGACUGACUGACAAGGAACUGACAGAAGGGGAAAAGAGGAGUGAAACCAUUCGACGGAGUUGGAAAGGACUUCGCUAAUCAUAAUAAGGUUGGUCUCACCUUCGUCCGGGGACUCGAACGAGGUAUUUUGUGCUUGCCCUAUUAAGAGUCUCUUCCAUUCUCUCUUCACCAGACAGAUAGACAAACAGACAAUCCGAUAGAUAGAUUAUGGCUUCCUCAUUAUCAGCAAGCUCCCACAGGUGAUGAACUGCUUCUGAUUUCUUCAUUCGGUUUGUAGCCAUACCGUAUAGAGUGAAAAAUUCCUUUUAAUGGGAGUAGCUAUAUUCAAGCAAGCAUUCCAGCGAAACGAUCCUUUGACAAUGGGCUCUGCCCAACAUUGGGAUUGACUUUUGAGGAAAAUAAAAAAAAAAGAUCUUUUUGAAUCUGAUAUUGGAUAGGCUAAGCUAGGUGUAGCCCACUCUCUCUACGUUUUUGCUUGAACUUGUCAAGCCCAGGUGCCUAUGCGAUUAUUAAAGCAAGGUGCUAUUGUACCAGUAGUGGAGUGGCUUGAAUCAAAUCGUUUGUCUAGAGAAAGUGUAGCAAUAACCAAAGUGGACUCUACUAGAAAGUAAAGAUGCUGUAUAGGCAACUGACCUUAGAGUAGUGUAUCGAACUAAAGGACAGGAGCAACCCAUAAUCAUUGACGAAGAGGAAGGCUUGGAAAGGGAUCAAACAUAUUGAGGAUGAGCUUUCACAAAGGCCAAUAGCCGAUAGCUGAUGUCACUAGCCUUAACUUCUUUAUCUACUUGAAAGCUGAUGGGAGUACGACUUUCUUCAAGGAAGUGUCCCAUAUGAUAUUAUAUUAGUAAAGAGCCCUUGAUCCAAGAUAAGUAAGCAGAUAUGCCUAUGGCUGGAAAGAUAGCGAGCGCUAUUCUCAACUUAGUCUCUUAGAGGCCAGCUCGUUGUAACCCUAAAACACAGCGUUAGCAGGGUUGAGCUCCCCCUGCAGAAAUACAACAAACAUGGGACAGUCGGGAACGAUGACCCUUCUCUAGCCUGAGGCCUAAGUUGGACUUUUUCUUUCUGCUACUUGCCACUCCGAAGUUUAGGAUUUAGUUUCGAACCGAUGGGAUUUUUCGAAUGGUAAUGAAGCUUGCCAUUCUGUUUAUUUGGCCGAAUUCGACUCUGGGCCUGCCCUUUUGCUAGCAUUUUCAUUAUGCUGGUUCAACUACUGUUUAUGCUUGAAAUAUCUAAACACCUGAAAUCCACUCUCAGUAGAUGCUGCCCCUUAAACAGUGUGAAAGGGUGGUAGGUAGAACUAAGGGAAUAUUCUUUUUUGGUUCGGUAAUGGAAUCAAUAACUUUCCCGAACAGGGAUAUAGGAAGAAGACAAUAGCCUACAAGCUUGCCAGCAGACUUGCUUGACCUAUUGAAAUGCCAGUAUAGACUUCUGGUAAAUGGUCAGCUAGCUAAAGGUCAGCUUCGGUUCUAGGCAAAGAUCCGCCAGUAGCAGUUCCUAUCCCAGUUCCCAUUCAACAUUCAUUCAAAGUAUUCUCCCCUUGCCAUACUUCAACCAGCUGCUUUGCGGACUGCUCUUGCUCUUACUGCUCUUUCCUAUACUUCUUGCUUCUGAUUACUUGCCUUUCCCUCACCGUCAUUGCCUUCCCGCUUGAUAUCUCGUUUUUCUUAUCUCGUGCAAUUAAAGAGAACGAGACUGGAAAGCCCAAACUGAGCCCGGCGGGAGAAUGCUUACCGAUACCGAAGCCGUUCCGCUCGUCCCUCUUUCCUUUCGAGGAGGGACUUCGCUUCACUCUCCUUGAAGAAAGCAAGUUUGCGGUUACGUAGAUGAUAACCGGCUUAUACAAAGAAAUAAUCUGCUCUCAUGCAACCAAGUGAAGCAAUAUCUUCUGAGCCUGUGCAUCACUUCGCGCGUCUCCUUUCAAACUGCAUCCGAACUAAUGAUCUCAAGCUUGGGAGACUCAUACACUCCCGACUGAUCAAGACGGCAUUAACCUUUAACACAUUCCUCGCCAACCGUCUGAUAUACAUGUACUCUAAAUGCUGUUCCAUAGAGUAUGCGCAACAGGCCUUUAAUGAACUGUCAGACAAGAACGCCCAAUCUUGGAACACAAUGCUGUCAGCUUACUCUAAAAAGGGUUUCUUUGAGAAAACCUUCCAGCUGCUCGAUGUAAUGCCUGAUCCAAAUGUUGUGAGCUAUAACUCAAUCAUUUCAAGCUUAACUCAUCACGGGUUCCCUAGAAAAGCUAUGGGUUUUUUCAAAAGAAUGCAAAUUCAAUGUGGGAAUGAGUUCUUGAUUGACGAGUUCACGGUCGUUGGCAUGGUAAAUACUUGUGCAGGUUUGGGUGCAUUGAACUUGUUGCAUGAAUUGCAUGGGUUAGCAACUGUGAUUGGUGUGAGGUUUAAUCUUGUGGUUUGCAAUGCACUUAUUGAUGCUUAUGGGAAAUGUGGCAAACCCGAGUACUCUUAUUCUAUUUUCUGUCAAAUGCGCGAGACUGAUGUAUUCUCGUGGACUUCGCUGUUGGUUGCUUAUCUACGUGCGUCUAGAAUGGCAGAUGCAUCCUCACUUUUUGAUCAUAUGCCGAUCAGAAAUGUGGUGGCUUGGACUGCUUUGAUCACAGGGUUUGCGCAAAAUGGAGAAGGAGAUAAGGCUUUGUGUACUUUUAAGGAAAUGCUGGAAGAAGGUAUUGUACCCCGUGCAUCCACUUACGUUAGUAUUCUAAGUGCUUGUGCAGACAUACCUCUUGUAGGAAAAGGGAAGCAAGUUCAUGGGCACAUUUUUAGAUGUACAUGUUUAAUUGAUUUGCAUAAUGUGUUUGUAGUUAAUGCUUUGGUUGACAUGUAUUGUAAAUGUGGAGACAUGAUAUCUGCUAUGAGAUUGUUUGAGAGGUUAGAUGGGAAGGAUCGAGUUACUUGGAACUCGAUAAUAAAUGGAUUUGCUCAAAAUGGGAAUGGAGUGAUGUCUUUGUUCAUGUUUGAGAAAAUGAUUGAAGCAGAUACAACACCAAAUCAUGUAACUUUUCUUGGGGUUUUAUCUGCCUGUAGCCACUGUGGUUUAUUAUCUGAAGGAUUCCAAUAUCUUCAUUCAAUGGAGAGGAAAUACGGUAUAGUACCCGAGUUAGAUCACUAUGCCAUCUUGAUUGAUUUACUUGGACGGAAGAAUAUGCUUGGAGAAGCUGCGGAUUUGAUCAAGAGAGCUCCUUGGGGAAGAGACAAUAUUGGAAUGUGGGGCGCACUUUUGGGUGCUUGCAGGGUACAUGGGAACUUGAAGCUUGCUAGAAGGGCAGCAGAAGAUCUAUUUGAGCUAGAACCUGAUAAUGCUGCCAGGUAUAUUAUGUUAUCCAACAUCUAUGCAGCAGCAGGAAGGUGGGAUGAUGCCCGUAGUCUGCGAAGGUACAUGGAUGACAGAGGAUUGGUGAAAGAAGCAGCUUAUAGUUGGAUUGAGAUAAAAAAUAUCAGACAUAAGUUUAUCACUAAAGACAAGUCCCACAGUCGGUUAGAAGAAAUAAAAGAGUUGCUUCUUAAACUUGUAGAUCCAAUGAAGGAUGCCGGAUACAUAUUUCAAAUUGAAUGCUCAUACUUUCUUGUAGCUGAUGCAUUAUCUUGACAUAAUUGAAAUAAGUUGUAACCAUGUAUAACAGUUUCUAAUUUAACAAUUAACAUGA